CAGUUGAAUUCACCAGGUACACAGGAACACAGGACUUUGAGCGAAAAAAUAGAAUCUCUAGCAAGGUGAUGGUGGUGUGAUAGCAGAUAUUGUCAUGAAAUUUCGAUUCACUAGAAAUAAAAAUGGAGCAACAAUGAAAAACAGAAUUAAGUCCGUAUUACGACAAAUGCUGAAUAACUCUGGAAAUUUGGAAAUAAAUCUUCCAACUGAGAUAGCAUGCAAGAACAUUAUUAUCGGAUGUGCAAUUUAUGGAUAUGCUACAGAAAGGCACAUUAAUGCCUUUUUCUCUUUAGAAUGUGGGGCUCGUCCAGACCUAAUAUCAUUGUCUGAGGAGAGAGUCAUUGGAAGCACUCAGGCUCAGGAAGGAGACUGGCCGUGGCAAGUCAGUCUACAGGUCAAUAAUGUCCACCACUGUGGAGGCGUCCUGAUCAGUAACACAUGGGUCCUGACAGCAGCUCACUGCUUCAAAAGCUACUCUGAACCUCGUCAAUGGACUGCCACAUUUGGUGUUUACACAGCAUCACCUCUACUGAGAAAAAGAAUAAGACGUAUUAUAAUCCAUAACAAUUAUAAAUCUGUAAAUCAUGAAAAUGACAUUGCUGUUGUGCAACUUGACAGCAGUGUCGACUUUACCAAAAAUAUCCAUACGGUGUGUCUCCCAGAGGCUACCCAGAAUAUUCUACCUGGUUCUACUGCUUAUGUAACAGGAUGGGGAGCUCUAGAAUAUGGCGGCAACACGGUUACAGAUCUAAGGCAAGGACAGGUCAGAAUAAUAAGUAAUGAUGUAUGCAAUGCACCAGCUAGUUAUAAUGGAGCCGUCUUGUCUGGAAUGCUGUGUGCUGGAACAUCUCAAGGUAGUAUAGUGGAUGCAUGCCAGGGUGACUCUGGUGGCCCGCUGGUACAAGAAGACUCACGGCGUCUUUGGUUCCUCGUGGGGAUAGUAAGCUGGGGAGAGCAGUGCGGUCUGCCAGAUAAGCCAGGAGUGUACACUCGAGUGACAGCCUACCGCAACUGGAUUGCCCAGCAAACCGGGGUCUAG